UAUGAAUGUUUUGAAACAAUCAUUAUUAUUUGACGAGGCACUGCGAGACUCGCCACUGUUUAAAGCGUACCUGAAAGGGUACGAAGAGCGCAUAAGUGCCUUUGGAAAAAGUGUGAACAAGAUCAGCAAUGCGUGCGAUGAUCUUAGCAGAAUCCAAACACUUAUAAACAAUUUCAGAUUGUCAUUCACAACUUCGUUUAAAUCAAUGGCAGAGGACUUGGUUGUUGAUCGGGUUCUCAAGAAUGCUGUUGAUGUGUUUAACGACCUGAUUGAGACUAUUUGUAAUGGAAUAUUUUCUACCCUGCAAGAAAUGCGUGACCAUGUUCUUGAAGCUAUGGUUGAUAUCUUCAAAAUGCACCUGCAGAGGAUAGAUGAUAAGAGUAAGCAGUACUACUCCCGCUUUGACUUCUUCGAGACCACCCUGAUGAAGGGAGUGAUGGGGGGACCGGGGGGAGGGCUGGGGCCGUUCAACGUAAGUAGACGACAUGACAACCACAAAAACUCUUCGAGUAGUUCAGAUUCGACUGCCAACAGCUCCAGAAUAGCUUUCAAACACAGUGCUCUAGAGGUGGCCAAAGUAUUCAACAUCUUCCGAAUCGAAUUCCGAGAACAGAUUCUGAACUCUUUUCCGCGAAUUGUGAAGUGCAUCAGUGGUUUCAGUGAGAAGUUGUUCGACAAAACCAGACAACUUAUACCCAAUGUAGAAACGGUUUCCGCGCUGAUAGCCCGCGCACUUGUCGAGUACAAAGAAGAGAAAGAGUAUGUGGCGCAUAGAUACGAGCAGUGCAGAAAACGAUGUGUGCCCUCCUCUGACGAAAUGGGCUCACCUGCCUCGGGGACUAUGAGUGGAACGAUGGUGAUUGCACCCCCUUUGCCCUAUCUCACAAGCUGUAAUAUUAUUAUUCUCCAGGGAUACCUGAUGAAACAGCCUCAUACCAAAUUUGGACCGUGGAGCAGAAGAUGGUUUUAUUUAGUGGACGAUAGACUGCUCUAUUAUAGAACGAGUGAUGGGGUUUUAAGUCUUCCUGGAAAGAAAGAGAGUGACUUCAAAAUAGUGACAGACUGUCUGAAUAAAUCGUGGCUGAUCCGGGCCAAAAAGGACAGGAAAGAGAACAUUUUACUAGAACUGCAGGGACCCUCUGAUCAAAGCUCAUCCUCCUCCAACAGUAAAUCGUCCGCCAACGCAUCCGGUGGUGGUGGUUCUUCGGGCUCCUCGAAACACACAUCCCUGCUUCUCCAAGCAGAGUCGAGGGCGGAGAGUUCUCUGUGGCAAGAUGUGAUCUUCGCCACUAUUCAGAAUUCAGCUUCAAACUCACCCGCCCCACCCACCAACUCCUACUCAAACUCAAACUCGAGUGAGUUGGUGUUGGUGGACACCAUCAUCAAGCCAGAGUUCUCCUAUACCAGUCCCAUUGAGGAGUUUGCCAGACUGGACGAGAACAAGUACUGCUGCGACUGCUCUGCCCUGGAUCCCUGCUGGGCUGUGGCACCCUUCGGAAUCACUGUUUGCUCCAGCUGCGCACAGGUACACAGAGCCCUAGUGCCGCCAUCUUCAAAAUGCUCCAAGGAUGCCUAUAAGAAUGCGGGUCCGAAGUCAAGUCAGACUGGCGGUGGUUCUCUGCAGCAGCGUGUGUUGAGUCUGACUCUGGACGAGUGGAGGCCGGAAGUGGCGGCUCUGAUGAAGCUGUUAGGAAACAAGUUCGCCAAUAGCAUCUACGAGGCCCAUAGGACAGACGAACUGGAUAAGCCCUCUUUCGACAGUGACAUGGUGACGCGUGAGAAAUGGAUUUUGGGUAAAUAUGUGGAGCAGCGGUUUGUGAGACAUCUCAGUCAAGGAGACGUGCAGAACUUCAACCCCAGUCACAAACUGUUCUCUGUUGUGAACUCAGAGAGCUGUGACGUGGGUCUAAUUCUGCAGUACAUAUCGCAGGGGGCGGAUGUGAACUGGAAAAAUGAAAAGAGUGACAACAUGACGUCACUCCACAAUGCCACAUUCGGGGGCAAGCUGACGUGUUGUGAGCUGUUGAUGCAGCAGGGUGCAGACAUCGACUCAGUGGACUCCUUGGGUCGCACUCCUCUCCACUACGCCUGCAUGAACAGCAACCGAAUGGUAGCCUGUCUCCUUCUCAACCACGGCGCAGAUCCACACGCAUUAGACAUGGACGAAAAGACCCCGAUGGACGUGGCCACCGAAGCACAGGACAGAGAACUGCUCUGUGUGCUCAAAAUAUCCCAGGCACUGCGCAAGUUCCAACCUGUUGAAAUGGCCGACAACAGUAGAUUUGCUUCCAGUCCUCAAAGUGCCCGGCUUGCUCGAGCGCCCACCAAAAACCACAGAUCAAUUGUGUCACGCAACGCAAACAACAUGUAAUAACUUCUAUCCCCCCUACCACACAGUUAGAAGAGAGGCUAACUAGCAUAAGGAAUCCCCAUAUGAAAUAAGUACAAACUGUGAGAUAUUGACUCGAAAUCUAUCGAUGCAGUGUAAUGUAAAGAUAUUUAAUUUCACAACAGAUCAAAUCAUUUUAAUUUUGUAAUGUAAAUUGAUACUUUUUUCAUUAAUAUUGUUUAGUCUUCAUCUGGUUUCGAGGUUUAGAAAUUUAAUGUAAAAGGAUUUGACAAUAGAUUAUUUGAAUCAA